AUGAGAUCCUACACUCGAGCUGUGAGGCGAUUUUUUGAGACAUCUACACUUCAUGGAUUUAAAUACUUAUUUGCACAAUACUAUAGUGAUAGAAUAGUAUGGCUGAUAUGUUGUUGCGCAAGCGCCGGUUGUGCCGCGGUCCUAUGUACUGUGGUAUGGGCGCGAUUCCUGCAAGUGCCCGCUUUAAUUACACUUAAGGAGGUCGCUGCAGACCUUGAUGAACUCGAAAUGCCCAUGGUUGCUAUCUGUCCACCACCGAUCACAGUUGCAGCAAUGUUUACUAACCACUUUAAAGUGAACGAGACCACAGCUGAAAGCUUUCCGGACAUAUUUGAAAAGAUCCUUCGCAGAAAAUAUGUGCCGGAAGAGCAGCUUGUUCUAGUCGACGAAGUUUUAGAGCCUUAUGCGAUGACUUUCACGGAAGCACUUUUUGAAAUAAUGCCACCGUGUAAAUAUAUUUUAACUAAAUGUCAGUGGCAGAGCAGAUCAAUACCUUGCAAUCGUCUAUUUGAGAAGGAUCUCACUCAGUGGGGGGUCUGCUGUGUUUCAUCGCGCGCAAGAUUUAAAUCAACUCCAUCUUCAGAGUUAGAUAUUACACGAAGAUUGACUCUAGCUGUUCAGUGCUACGAUAAACCGAUGCUUAUUAACUGCCAUGUAUGUAUUUAUUACUAUUCUUCACCACGGGUUUGUCAGCGAUUUUUCACUAAAUAUGACGUGGAGGAAUGGUUCGAGCCGGCGUUGUUAUACUCCGGACACUUGUAUAGAGCUCAACUGUCUUUCGCGUCCGUAGUCGACAAUGAUCCACAUAAAUUACUGGAUGGUACCUGUGCAGCACGCCAGUUCUAUUCGCGAAGUCGUUGUUUGUUAAAGUGCCUGGAAGAACGCUGCGGAUGUUUAGAUGUUAUACGACUCAGCGACGAUCCCGAUGAGCCGACAAAAAAGCUUCAAACUUGUCCGCUUCCAAAACUUAACUGCUUGAGAACAGAUAAACGAGAGAAAACAACGUGCAAUUGCUUGCCAACUUGCAAGAAGGUGUCAACACGAAUGAUAGUCGAAUCCAGCCCUAUGAAUGCUUUUAACAAUGCUAUAGAUAAUAUAUAUUCUGGAUUGAAUGUGUCAAAGGGAAGUGUUCUAACUAUUAGCCUUGGUAUGACUGGUACAGUCGUAUCCAUGGUCUCACCAACGGAAACGUGGAUAACUUUGCUCUCUUCUUUAGGAGGAGUAUUUAAUAUGUUUCUUGGUGUUGGAUUCUUCAGUUUAUUAGAACUGUUAUUUUUUAUUUUAAUAAGAUUACCUGUUGCUUUUCAAAGGUCAACAGAAAUUAAUCAGUAUAAUUAAAUAAAAAAAUCAGGAUAAGAUAUGUACCUAAUACUACUUUUUUAGCCACAUUUGUAUAAUUAAUGUUUUAGUUUUUCCAACAGUUUUAACUAUAUGUAUGUCGGUUUCAAGUAAAAAGUAGGGAAAUUUCAGGCGAGUAAACAUAAACUAACACAUCAAAAAGAAACAUACGGAAAAGCUAGUUAAAAACAAAAUAUUUAGAUUAGCAUUCAAUCUUAAUAAUCAUACAAUAAAGGAUAAAGCAAGAGCAGGAGAUUUUGGUCGAAAAUGGAACACUGAACAUGUAAUAAUUGUAAGGAAUUCAGAAAGUAGGUGCGGUCAUAUGUGGACCCAAGAAAGUAAAAUAUGGUCGAGGUCACCAAUAUCUUCUUCACACUAACAAAUAUUACUGCAUAUCACCAAUACAAAACCCUGCUAGAUGAUAAGGUGUAGUGACUAGUGUGUAUACACAUACAUGUAACACAUUUUCAUUCUUUUU